CACACCGAGAAGGGCAGCAGAACCCAGCGCCGAACCAAAAUGGCGGCGCUCCUAAAACCUAUGUACCGGCGACUCGCCGUCGUGGGCUACCGCCGGAUCUCUACACCGGCGGUAGAGAAGCCCCUGCUGCCCCUCGUGUUUCACUGGAGCUUCCAGGAAAGACACAAUUCCAGUUUGGUGGAUGCGGGUGGAGGAUUCGGCAAGAUGCUUGCCUCUCCACAGAGGUACUAUGUCUUUGGAGGCAAAGGUGGUGUGGGGAAAACAAGCAUGGCGGCGUCGCUUGCUGUGAAGUUUGCCAACCAUGGUGAACCAACACUUAUUGCAUCGACAGAGCCAUCUCGGUCACUGGGUGAUUUAUUUGAACAAGACACGAGUGAUGGCAAAACUGUACGCGUCGAUGGAUUUGACUCUCUUUUUGCAGUUGAGAUUGGCCAUAUGAAGUUAAAGGGAAAACCUCAAGAUGUUGGAUCUUAUAUCAACAAUUUACUUGGAAAGAUGGGGCUUGGAACACAUCCUGAUAUUAUGUCUAUGCUUAAUGAGAUGCUGACUAUAAUACCACCUGGACUUGAUGAAGCAGUUUUACUAUCAGAGCUGAUAAAAUCUAUUGAAGUACAAGGGCUUGAUAAACUUAGGCGUAUAGUGCUGGAUGCUCCAUCCACUGGACAUACACUUAAGCUUCUGUCAGCUUCUGAUUGGUUUCAAAAGUUCCUCGUUUUGAGCAUUAAGGUCAUUAAUGUCGCUUCGUCCAUGCCAACCUCUAAUAUGUCUCUUAAGAAUGUCCAAGUAAUCUCUGCCAAGCUAGAGGAACUAAGGAAGCAGAUUGCCAGAAUGCGUGAGAUUCUAUUUGAUCCACAAUCAACAGAAUUCAUCAUUGUGACAAUUCCAACGAUGAUGGCAGUUAGUGAGUCAUCAAGAUUUCACGCGUCAUUAAUGAAGGAUGGUGUGGACGCAAGAAGGCUCAUCGUAAAUCAGGUGUUGCCACCAUCUGCAUCCGACUGCAGAUUCUGUGCUGCAAAGAGGAGGGAAGAAGCACGUGCCUUCCGUGCGAUACUGGAGGACCAUCAACUUGGCGGCCUGAAGCUGAUCCAGGCUCAGCUCCUUGACAUGGAGGUGAAAGGCGUCCCUGCACUCCGAUUCCUCAGCGAUUCAGUGUGGAAGUAGCAACGUAGUACAAACCUUUGCCCGUGUCUCACAAGCAAACCUGCCCUGCAUAAUUCAUUGCGUGGUUACUUGGAUCUGUCCGAGCUAAUUGUAAUGAGUUAGCUAGCUUUAUUAGAUUUAAUUAGACGUGGUUAAGCAUAUUUCAAUUAGAGUUGAAUAAGCUCUAAGGCCCAUAAGAAAUGUUAGGUCAAAUAGAAGAUUAAUCUCUGAGAAAUCAAGUGGAAAUUGAGUACUCAAGGUGGCUAUUAUGUGUAUCUCUUGUGAGGUUAAGAAAGGUGGAGCGUGAGUCCUCCUGUGUGCCGAGCUAUGUGGAAGUGUGGAACUAAUGAAGGUUUUGAAGCUUCUUCGAAUGGAGAGAUGGAAUAAGAUAAUUGGAAGUAA